AUGGCGUCUAUCGCCGCAUCACUGCAGACUUCGCUGCCGAAGCCGAAAUACACGGGCGAGGACGAAGAAGCCCCGUCGCACGCCAAGCAGCGCGGUCCUCGGAUCGUGAGCGCUGGCCAGAUUGAUGAGACGCAGGUGGUGCUCAAGCGCUCCGGCCCGCCGCCGUACGGCCAGCGCUCAGGAUGGCGACCACGCUCUCAGGAAGACUUUGGCGACGGCGGCGCUUUUCCCGAGGUGCCGGUCGCACAGUAUCCGCUGGACAUGGGCAGGAAGGGCUCCACGACAAGCAACGCGCUGGCGAUCCAGGUCGACGCCGAGGGCAAGGUCAAGUAUGACGCGAUUGCGCGGCAGGGUCACGGCGAGGGCCGCAUUAUACACACUUCGUUCAAGGACCUGAUUCCGCUGCGGCAACGCGCCGACGCGGGCGAGAUUGACCUGUCGCGGCCGGACCAGGAGGCCGUGGCGGCGACGGCGGAGCGGACCAAGAAUGCUCUCGCCAAGCUGGUGAGCGGUGCUUUGGCGGCGCAGAAACCAAAGAAUGUCAAUACCGGACAGCGCUCGGACCCGACAUUUGUGCGGUACACACCGGCCAGCCAAAUGGGCGACAACUCGAAAAAGCAGGACCGCAUCAUGAAGAUUGUGGAAAAACAGCGCGAUCCGAUGGAGCCGCCGAAAUUCAAACAUAAGAAGAUUCCGCGAGGACCGCCGUCGCCUCCCCCGCCUGUCAUGCACUCGCCCCCGAGAAAGCUCACGGCAGAGGACCAGGAGAUGUGGCGAAUCCCGCCGCCGGUGUCCAAUUGGAAGAACCCCAAGGGUUAUACGGUGCCGCUGGACAAGCGUCUGGCAGCGGACGGACGAGGACUACAGGAUAUUACGAUAAACGAUAAGCAUGCGCAAUUCGCGGAAGCCGUCAAGAUGGCUGAGCGUCACGCACGUGAGGAGGUGCAGCAGCGUGCUCUCAUGCAGCAACGUCUGGCGGAGAAGGAGAAGAUGCAAAAAGAGGACAACCUGCGUUUACUUGCCCAAAAGGCCCGCGAGGAGCGCAACGCCGCCAACACUAGCCGCGGGCGCCGCAACUCGCGCGACUCGGCGGAUUCGCGAGACAGCCGGGACUCACGGUCACGAUCGUCCAGCUACGACUCGCGGCGGUCCUCGCGCUCGCGCUCCGGCAGCGAGUCGGAGGGUGAGCAGGCGCGCAUCAAGGCGCGCGCGGAGCGGCGCAAAGAGAAUGAGCGCAAGCUGCGGCAGAGCCACAUGGGCGCGGAGCGGCAGAUGCAGGCCAUGGCGCGGGAGCAGAACCGCGACAUUUCGGAAAAGAUUCAGCUUGGGCUCGCGAAACCGACGCAGUCCCGGGAGACCAUGUACGACUCGCGGCUGUUCAACCAGACGAGCGGGUUCGACAGCGGAAUCAACGAGGACAACCGCUACGACAAGCCGCUGUUUGCGGCGCAAGACGCCAUCAGCAGCAUCUAUCGGCCGCGGGCGAACAUGGAUGACGGUGACGAUGACGGUGAGGCGGGGGACCGGGAGAUGGCCAAGAUUCAAAAGGCGAGCCGCUUCGGGGAUGCGCUCGGCAGGGGCACGUUUAAAGGCGUGGCUGAGGUGGAGGCGCGCGAGGGACCGGUGCAGUUUGAGAAGGACACGGCAGAUCCGUUCAACGUGGACAAGUUUUUGUCAGAGGUGGACAAGAAGGACGGUGGUGGUGGUGGUGGUGGUGGAAGUGGGAAGAGGGGAUAUGGGCUACAGGAUGAGGAGGAUAGAGGGAAGAAGCGGGCGCGGGUCGACGAGGAUGAGGACUAG